AUGGGCGAGUUUGAUAAGUUGACCGAGGCUCCAGUGGAGUUUUUAAGAGAGGGAUCUCAGUUUGUUGCCAAGUGCACCAAACCUUCCAAGAAGGAAUAUUUGAGACUGAUUCGUGCUGUCGGCACUGGCUUUUUGAUGAUGGGUGUUGUUGGAUAUGCCAUCAAGCUGAUUCACAUUCCAAUCAGAUAUCUGAUUGUUUAA